AUGUUGACGCGGCUCUUCAGCGAGCCCAGCCUGCUCCCCGAGGUCCAGAAGUUCUCCAGCUGGGCGGACGACUGCGACGACGACGACGACGACGAUGAGCGGAGCGACAAGGAGGAGCGCAAGGCCAAGGGCUGCCCGCUGGACGACCAGGCCGAGGGCUCCCUGGGGGAGGUGAAGGAGGAGAACGACUUGGGCGGGGACGACGACGAGGAGGAGGAGGAGGAGGAAGGCCUGGAGGAGGCGGAGGGCGACCGGCCCAAGAAGCGGGGCCCCAAGAAGCGCAAGAUGACCAAGGCGCGCCUGGAGCGCUCCAAGCUGCGGCGCCAGAAGGCCAACGCCCGCGAGCGGAACCGCAUGCACGACCUGAACGCCGCCCUGGACAACCUGCGCAAGGUGGUGCCCUGCUACUCCAAGACGCAGAAGCUGUCCAAGAUCGAGACGCUGCGCCUGGCCAAGAACUACAUCUGGGCGCUGUCGGAGAUCCUGCGCUCGGGCAAGCGGCCGGACCUGGUCUCCUACGUGCAGACCCUCUGCAAGGGCCUCUCGCAGCCCACCACCAACCUGGUGGCCGGCUGCCUCCAGCUCAACUCCCGGAACUUCCUCACCGAGCAGGGCCCGGAGGCCGGCCGCUACCACGGGCCCGGCUCGCCCUUCGCCGUCCACCCCUACCCCUACCCCUGCGCGCGGCUCUCGGGCGCGCAGUGCGCCUCCAGCACCAUGGCCAGCUCCCACGGCCUCCGCGCCCACGCCUACUGCGCCGCCGCCGCCGCCGCCGCCGCCUACGAGUCCCUCUACGGGAACGCCUCGCCCGACUACAACAGCUCCGAGUACGACGGGCCCCUCAGCCCCCCGCCGCCCCUCUGCGUCAACGGCAACUUCUCCCUCAAGCAGGACUCCUCCCCAGACCCCGAGAAGAACUACCACUACUCUAUGCACUACGCCGCCCUGCCCGCCGCCCGACCGCCCCCCGCCGCCGCCGCCGCCCACAACCUCGUCUUCGGGGGGUCCGCCGCCGCCAUGCGCGGAGGGGGCGGCGGCGGCGGAGGCGGAGGGGGCGGCGGAGGUGGAGGGGGCGUCCACUCCGAGAACGUUUUGCCUUACGAGAUGCACCUCCACCACGACCGGGGCCCCAUGUACGAGGAGCUGAACGCCUUUUUCCACAAUUGA